CAUAAACUUGGUAUUGAAGUUUCUGUAGUGUCUUUUUUUUAUUUUUUAUUUACUCUGACAAAAGGUGGUUAUAUGCGUGUUUAAUGAUCAAACACAAGGUACUAAACAUACUUCCCGUAAACUUGUUAUUGUACGAAUAUUUGUUGCUGUUGCGAACUGAUUAUUCUUAUGGCAUUUUCUACAGAGAAGUCUGGAAAGGUAGAUCUGCACGGAUGGCGAAAGCCAUAUAAAGAACACAAGGAUGCCUUUACAGAGAGAUCAUUGUCUGUUAAAGAACCAAUUGGUAUUUUUAAACAGUGGUUUAAUGUUGCCUCUGAAACUCCAGAAAUUUCUGAAGCUAAUGCAAUGACACUUGCAACAUCAGACAAGCAUGGAAAACCCUCGGCCAGAAUUGUUCUUCUUAAAAGUUUUGGAGUAAAGGGUUUCACUUUCUUCACUAAUUACAAUAGUAGGAAGGGUCGUGAACUGAAUGAAAACCCAUAUGCUUCCCUGUUGUUUUAUUGGGAACCACUCAAGUGGCAAGUUCGAGUUGAAGGAAUCGUUGAAAAGGUACCACCAGAAGAAUCUGAUGGGUAUUUCCAAAUUCGUCCUCAUAAGAGUCAACUGGCAGCAAUAGCAAGUGAACAAAGUUCCGUGAUUAGAGAUAGAGAGGUUUUGAUUAACAAGAUAAGAGAACUUGAAGAACAGUAUAGAGAUCCCAAAGCACUUGUACCACGACCUAGCAAUUGGGGAGGUUUUAAGCUUAUUCCACAAGUAAUGGAGUUUUGGCAAGGAAACACACAUCGGGUACAUGAUCGUAUCCGCUUCAGAAGACAAUUACCAGGAGAGACCAUAGAUGAAAUUAUGACUCACCAAGGUGAAGAUGGGUGGCUUUAUGAACGACUAGCCCCUUAAAUAUAACACGAAAACAGUGAACGGUUUAUUGAUUUCUAUAUAAGUAUGUUUUGGUUCACAAAGCAAACCACUUUUAAGUAAAUUUCUUUCCACAUCCCUUGCUAUUAUUUUUGUUAUGCUAUACUAUCUGAUAAUUCUGUUUGUCCAUACAAGCUUUUAUGACUAAUUAUAAAAAGUAUAUCUCUGAAUAUUAUAAAUAUUGUAAACAGCUGACUCAUGGGCACUCUUAAUACCUUGAAAAAGUACACAGUCUUUGAAACUUUUUCUUGUGCUAAAAUGUUUUAUGUAAAUAAAGAUUUAUGAUAAUCAUCCAAACUAUCUCUAAGAUAGGGUUGUUUCUAAAAGCCAAAAACUGAAAUGCUGAACUUCUAUUGAACAUUUACUUUAAACAACAGUUGAUUGUUUUUCAAAUAUUUAUUUGGAGUGGAAAUGGGUUGAAAGUGCUACAGAGAAGCUACUAGCAAAUGGGAUGUAAGGUACUUUGGUUAUUGUAGCAGAUGAUAUGCAAUUUUCAUUAGCUGUGGUUAUACAUGUGCUACUCUUGCUUAAGCGGGUCUAUUUUUAACCUGUCAACCAUUGGUGAUUUGAAUUAACUGUAUUCUGCCACAUUAAAGAAAUAGUUUUAAAAUUCAACAAAUUCUUGUAAGGAAAUUACAAUACGAAGUUUUACAGGUAAAAAUUAUUGAAUAAAUUUAAACUGUAAAAAAUCUCAAUGAAAUAUUGGAUUACAAUAUUAACAAGAUAAAAUAUAAUUAUUUUUUUUAUCAGGUAAGUAUUCUAGAAUGAUAAAAAUACCCAGUUUUAAAUGUCUAAUAUUUUUAUUUGUAUGAUCUAUUUCCAUCUAUCUAACAAGAGUACCCAAAGAGUUAGCAAUGGGUGAUGUUGACUGGCUGCCUACCCUCUAGUAUAUCACUUCAAAAUUAGGGACAGCUAGCACAGACAGCAAUUGUGGAGCUAUGCAUAAAAUUCAACAAAUAUGACAACUUAUGUUAUUCUGUUGGAAUACUAGUAAUUUAGCCUCCCAGUGGCACAGUCUGUGGACUUAUACUGCUAGAAACCGGGUUUUUAUACCCGUGGUGUAGCUUUGUGCUUUGUAACAAACAACAACAAGUAGUAAUUUAAUUUGAAAAUCUAUUCAUCUUAAUGACAAAUUAAUUAAAAUGUAAUCUUAUGGUAUUGUUAUGGGAAAAAUAAAAACAGAUAGAGCUAAUAUCUUAAGACAGUUGUAGCACAUAAUACAUUUUUACUUAAUUUGUGGAUUUUACAAUAUAUAAAAAUUUACCUGAUCUGUUAAACUUGUGGAGAAAGUAAUAAUUAUAGAAUAAUAAAAAUGUACUCUAUCAUUGCAAAGUAUAUUUUGUUUCACUGGAGGCAGCAUUUUUGUAUUUUUUGUGUUUUUUUACAAAUAAACAAAAAUAUGGCAAUCUUUCCAUACUAUGAAUAUGUUUUACAUGUAUUAGAGGAAAAAUAUUUGAUGAGGAACCCACUUUGAGACUAAUAAUGGUUGGAGACGGCUUGAAUGGGUAAUGAAGAAAAACUUUAAUAUAAGUUUCACAUAAGAGCAAAUGUACAAUGUUUCAAGAAGGUUUUGUCAUCAUCAGGUAACUGAGUUGAACAAAAAAUGUGGCCUGGCUAACUAAUGGUGGGGCAUUAAGAUUUGUACGCGUUCCUUUACUUUAAAAAACAAACUCUGGAAGAGGCAUUGGAUUUUUCUUGUCUGUGGAUACUUGCAUAAAAAUGGUAAUUCUCUCGCGUGAUUAUAUAUAAUUUUCUUUAACAAAAGUAGAUUCAUUACUAAUAGAAAGGGUUUUUUGUGAUGCAUUUUCAUUCCGAUGCAGUGGCAUGUGAUCUCUGUUUAUUAUAUGAGGCUCUCUUCCAAAUUUUGAGUGAAACCAGUAUUGUACUUGCCAAACAUUUUGAAGGAACUCAAUGAUACAAACCUUUUGUUUGGUUUGCAUAAGUUUACUUGAUACUCUUUUAUCCAAUAACAGAUCCACUUAUUCGAAAAUUGAAGCCUCUCUUUCAUCGGCACCUCCUUUUCCUGACAACUUAACCAUUUGCUAUACAAUUCAUUGCAUUUUCCCUUGAACACACACUUGGGUAACCUGGCCUUCAAAGACCCAUGCAUAUCAAUAAACCACUCGAAUAUAAAAUGUGUCGAACCUAAAUAAUUGGAUAAAUAAAUAAAUAAACAAAAAGUAAAUGCAUUUUUGUCAUUCAAACAAAAACAAAUUUGUUCUGCGAAUAUUUCAGUGUAAUGUCACUCACCAUUAAAAAAAAAUUAAACAAUGAUUUUUCUGGCUGAGUUGUCAGCACAGAAAAGGG